CUCUCCGCGUCUCUACGCUGUUCUCAAUAUAAACGCUCAUAACAGAGCCUCCCUCCGCUGCCCUGCCUCACUGCCGAAAGACAGCUUGCUUUUCACUGCUACACGCCACACCACAGAACUCACGUUCAGGAUGCUGUACAGUCUAGCUCGCUUCAAGUGCUCACUUCUUCAAGUGCUGAAAGGGGCCAGUCGUACACCCAGGCCGAUCACAGUGCCUCGUUUUGGCCAUCAGACCCUGGCAGCAGCACUGCCUGCUGUAGGGGGCAGUCCUGGGGUUAGGCAGGCUAGGGCACUGGACCAUGAGAGACUGCUGCAGGUGCAGUGGGAUGAUGGCGCAUGUAGUUUCUAUCCAUUCACCUGGCUUAGAGAUAACUGCCAGUGCCCUCUGUGCACCUUGCAGUCAGCACAGGCUCGGAGUAUUCUGCUCACUGACCUUGAUGUGCACACGGGAGUGGAUCAAGUGCGGGUCACUGACAGCAACAAGGUCUCCAUCACAUGGCCGGAUCAACACAACAGUGAGUUUGAGCCUGAUUGGCUGAAGAAAAGGUGUUUCUCGCCUGAGGCACGACAGGCAAGACAAGAGGAGCUCUUCCUCAAUGAGCGGGAUUUCUGGGACUCAGGUCUGCAGAUUCCUACAUUGGACUUUAAAGAGGUCCUCCAUGAUGAUAAAGCUGCUUUGGACUGGCUUAUGACUCUGAGGCGCCUUGGCAUUGUCUACCUGAAGGGGGCGCCAGUAGAGCAGGGUCAGGUGGCCCGACUCAGUCAGAGGAUUGGGUACCUCAGACUCACAUUCUAUGGACACACAUGGCAAGUGCAGGACAAGCCUAUGGCCAACAACAUAGCAUACACAUCAGGCAAACUGAGCCUGCACACAGACUAUCCCGCCUUGCACCAUCCUCCUGGGGUGCAGUUCCUGCACUGUCUGCAGCAGGCCCAGCAGGGUGGUGAGAGUGAGGUGGUGGACGGCUUUCACGUGGCUGAGUUUCUGAGGAGAGAGCACCCAGAUGCCUUCAACACGCUUACUUCCCUCCGUGUGGACUUCACGGACACUGGCUCUGACUACUGCGACUUUAGUGUACAGUCCAAGAACCGCAUCAUAGAUGUGGACAACGAGGGCAGAGUGGUGAGAAUAAACUAUAAUAAUGCUACACGAGACUCUGUCCUGGAUCUGCCACUGGACCAGGUCCAGUCGUUCUACAGCUCCCUGAAGACCUUUGUGGAGCUAAUGGACCAGCCAGAAAAUGUGGUCACCUACAGGAUGGAGCCAGGUGACCUUGUGACCUUUGAUAACUGGCGUCUGCUACAUGGCCGUAAGCGCUACGUGUCCCACAGCAGCCUGAGACACCUGGAGGGUGCGUACCUGGACUGGGAUGAAGUCAUGUCCCGUCUCCGGAUCCUCCGCAAGGCAGUUCAUGGAGACAGUUAAACUCCUCUGAGGCAGAGAUAAUGGGUCAGUAGGUGUCUACGCUUAAAGCUGAGACAUUAAGCUGUACUGGGCUAACAUCUCUUUAUGGCACUUUUAGUGACAACCCUUCACCUCAGAAAACCUCUCACCUGAGAACAAAAAUGUCUGCUCAGCACAAGAGUCUGUAAUUGUGAAGUGGCCUCACAUGGACAUAUGGACAUUCACUGGUUUUCACUUGAGAAGUCAAUAAGAUCUUGGCCUCUCCCAGUGAUACUAGCAUUCUUACAGGACUUCAUCAUAGCAAAUCUGCUAAGGUUUGUUUAGUUUCUGCCAGUCUUCUUUAUCUGUAUUUUAAUGUUCUCAGCCAGUAGAUCUUUCCUCUCAGAGCCAAAAGCACCAGCACACUCAGAAAUGGAUUUUGGGAAUUUGUUAACAACGUGAGUGAUAUCUUAAUCAGAGUAAUAUCUUAGUCAGAAAAAUAUUUGGUAGACAGAAUUUUGAUUCUUUAUUUGCGGUCCACUACCUAAGCUCCAGUAAAAUACCCAAAUUCUGAAUUACAAAACCCUGAUACAGUGCCAUUUCCUCUUGGUAGAAUCUUAAACUUUUUACCAUCCACAUAACAUUGUUAUCUUGGUAAAACUCACUGGUCAGCAGUAUUUUCACUACAUUUCCAUUUUUGAUAACAAAAUGUUAUAUAUGGCCUGUCUAUAACCUGUAGCUUAUUGGAGUUUUUCUACUAGACUGUAAAGAUCUUCUUUGUGCCUGUUUUUAUGCUGGAAGUUCUAGCCUUGUAUUACAUUUUAAUACACUGUUUGACGUUUAAAUACUUCAUACAUUAAUACAGUUUUAGUGCACCUAUCAAUGACCUAUUGCUAAUUCCCACUGAGUUUGGUUUUAUUUUAUGUCUGUGAUCCCCUUCCCAGUCUUGCUCUUAAUCUCAGAUGAUCUGAAUAGCAUCACUAAAGUGCCAAGCGAUUAUUUUUGUGUCCUGGACAUUUCAUAUGUAUAAUGAUUUAUCUGUAUGUUGUAAAUUAUUAAUUUAAAUGAUGUCAUAGCUUUUAAAGAAAUGACAGUAUAGUCAGGGUUUUAUUUAGCAAAACAGCUGACUUUAAACUUGUGGGCUUUAGCUUGAAAAAUGGGCCGUUUCUUACACAGCUUAGCCUGAAACUUUAUUCUAAAAAAAUGAAUUUAGUCUUAGCUUGAAAUUCUGCAACUGCAAUGCAUAAACAUGGUAACUAUGUGUUUUAAAAACUGUGGAGCUGAAGCUACUCUUGAUCUUUAGGUCAAAAGGGUAGUUUUUCUCUUUCUUCUCAGAGAAAGAGAAACAUUUUAUGGUUUCAUUAGUAUGGCAAGUACUGUAUGUAACUAGCAAAAAUAAUGUGUUUACCUUGGGCACAGUCAAUGCAUACUCCCCUCGAUAUCUGUUUAACUUGGUGUCUUAACUUUUUUCUUUUUUCUUGCAGUAGUGAAGCAGAACAGAGUGAGUAAAUUGUCCUAUAAUGCUUAAGGAAAACAAAGGGACUUUCAACUGUAUACACAGAUUACACAGUGCUGGGUGAUACAUUUGAAUAUAAUGAUGUUUUCCCAGUAAAUUAGAGAAUCUGAGUAUUUGGUGAUAUUUGACGUCUGCAUUGAUGUAGCUAUUGAACCCAGGCCAACUGGGCAAACCUGGCAUAGCUUUUUUUGAUUAUUAUAUCUUGUAAUAUGAUACCAAAGGGAACCCUACACGAUAAUUGUGGACAUACAGAAAAUCACCUUUUAAAAAUGAACCUUACUGGUUAUUUUGUAUUUUGCUACUCUCAAUACCACCAGAACUGAAAAUCUGUUUUUGAGUAACACCAAAACUGGUACAGCCAGCAUAUCCCAGAGCACUAACCCAGAUUUACAACUGUUCAGGGUGAAAUCUGCAAGACGUACUAACACUGUAUUUACACUUUAUUGAAAUAAAUCUUUUCAAAUCAAAGUGGAUGUAUGUGUGUAACUUAGGGUUGCAGUCAUUACGGUCAGUAGAAAUUAUUGCAAUACUGAGUUAAUAGAGGAAUGGUUUGCUAACACUCAACUGUGCACUGGGUGGGCAAUAUGACUGUACUUUUAAUUAUCAGGAUUAAUACAUGUUGUAACAUAUAUUGUAGAUAUCAUCAGUACAGAAGAGCACUGGGCCUCGAGAAGAACUUUCUGCUUAAGAUUGGUUGGUGAAUGAGGCCCAUUGACCAACCGAGCAUAACAUUAUAAAGAGGACAUAAUUAGGACUGUUUGACUGGACUUACUGCAUUACAAUCUGUGAAAGACUGAAUAAAAAAAAAUUGUAUUGUU